AUGAGUGAGCCAUCUGAGAAGGGAGAGGAUAUCCUCGCGCCAGAAAAAGCCGAAAGUCCAACUCCAAUUAGAACCAGUUCAGAGAAACCCGUGAAGAACCAAGUUCCUAGGGCUGGCGCCGAUGCCGCGCUUGAACUCCUCCAGGAAACGGGUGGCUUGCACCAGGCCUUAGAUCCCGAAGCUAAUCGCAGGCUCGUCCGGCGCAUCGACACCCAUAUUAUGCCAUUGAUCUGCAUUGUCUGGUUAUAUGUCAUAAUAUUCAUCUCUCUAGCUAUCCACUUCCUUCAGUACAUUGACAAGACUGCUGUCUCGUAUGCUAGCGUCACCGGUAUCACCCAGUCGACCGGACUUAAAGGGAACGAGUUCAAUUGGGUGGCGUCUAUAUUCUUCUUUGGACAGUUAGCAUUCGAAUUCCCGACGAUUCGCUUGAUACAAUUGUUUCCUCUCGCUAAAUAUACCUCCGUCAAUGUCACUCUCUGGGGUGUUACUCUCGCCUGCUUGGCGGCCUGCAAGAAUUACGCGGGGCUAUUAGUUUGCCGCUUCUUCCUUGGUGCCCUAGAGGCUGCCAUCGUGCCGGCAUGGGUAUUGUUUACCUCGCAGUGGUACACAAAAGAGGAGCAGGCCUUUCGCGUGGGUAUAUGGUUCUCUACCUGUGGGAUGGCGCAGAUGUUCGGUGGCUUUUUCGCAUACGGCGUCGCAACCCACGUGGGUAAAGACUCGAAUGCCACCUUGAAGGGUUGGCAGAUCAUCUUCUUAUUUUUAGGUCUGUUAACCGCAGUCAUGGGGAUUGUGUUCUGGUUCAUCAUGCCAGAUUCCCCUGCUGCCGCCGGAUUUCUCGAUAAAGAACAAAAGGGACUUCAUCUCGAACGUAUCAGACAUAACGAGCAGGGAAUCGGGUCGAAGACGUUCAAGUGGAGCCAGGUUAGGGAGGCCUUGACCGACACGAUGACCUGGCUUUACGCAUUUUGGGUAUUCGCAGCUAAUAUUCCAAACUCAAUCGCGACUUCGUUUGGAAACAUCUUGGUUAAAGGCAUGGGAUAUACGAACGAAGAGUCUUUACUCUUAGUAACCCCACUUGGUGCUUGGGAGAUUGUAGCUUUGAUUGGACUUACAUAUGGGGCUAUGAAGACGAAACAGCGACUCUAUUUCUGCAUCGCGGGCCACAUUCCUGCUAUAGUGGGAGCCGUUCUGAUGGCUACGACGGAGCGAGUGCCAGCUUUGGUAGGUUACUAUACAAGCGGCGGAAUUCCAAUUGGUUGGACAACGAUCCUCGGGUUACAGAGCUCGAACGUGGCGGGAUCAACCAAGAAGGUUACCGUGGCUUGCAUAGGAACGAUCGCCUAUACCGUUGGCAACAUCAUCUCACCACAGACCUUUCAAGCUCGGGAUGCCCCACGCUACCUUCCAGCGAAGAUCUCGAUAUGUAUUAUUUAUGUCCUCAUUACGAUCGACUUGGUUGUGAUGCGGUGGGUGCUCGAUAGGCGAAAUAAACAGAGAGAACAAGAGAAAGCGGCUCUGGGCAAUGAACAUAAGGCAGAGGAGAAUCAUGAAUUCUUGGAUUUGACAGAUUUGCAAAACAGAGAGUUUCGUUACGAGCUUUGAAUAGUUUAGAUCGAUGUAGAGCAGGUAAAAGGGAUCUCGUUACCCCCUUUCGUCCAAUAUAUCUUCUUUGAUUGGUCAAUUAAG